AUGUUGCGUGUGCUGGGCAGUGGCAGUGUACGUCAGGCACUUCGUGCCGCACGUGUUGCCGCCUCAAAUGUUGGCGUUGAAAGAAGCUACUUCUGGGGUCCGAGAUAUCCACUGUCCACGGUAUUUCGAAGCAUCGACCGACAGCUGCAGGAGCUCGAACGACAGUUCGACCGGGUCUUCUGUAUGGCUUGUUUUAUUACUCAGUUCUUUACAGACAUUGUCCUAGCACGACAUGCAACGAUAGCUCCUCGUGAACCGCCUGAUUUCCCGUCAACCUCUUUCGCUUGCCGAUUUUUCCAGUCCGAUUCGGAUGCGGAUCAAAUCCAUACAUUGUAUGCUGUAACCCGUCUCUCUACUGAAGAAUGCCACGCCAAGAUCAAUUCAUUUGGCGUCAGAUUCAGACGCACGCAGCCCGGAUGGGUGAUUGCAACAGGAAAUCUAGAUAAGUUAAUUGGCCAACGCACCGACUGCCGGUACGAAGAUGCGGUUUUUACGCAGUUGUUCUCAGGUUUUUGUCACUAG